CUGCCAGGCCUCCUGUUGCUGUCCCCUGGUGUCCUGGCUCCCUGCACCCAUCUCUGUCCACUCCUUGCCGAGUGGAACUCUUCCGCCGUGUGCGCCUUUUUCUUCCGCAGACCAUCAUGCUGACCCUGGUGGCGCUGGCCUCGCUCGUCGUCCUGGGAAUAGUGCCCGAAAAGUCUGAGGCCAUCGUGAUCUACACGGGCUGGGAGCGCCACGCCCUGGUGGGCUCGGACGUGCGGCUCUCCUGCUCCUUCUUUUCCUGGCGCUGGACCUCUGAGGACGUCACCUUCUCCUGGACGUACAGGCCUGACGGCUCGCGGGACAGCAUCUCUGUGUUCCACUACACUGGGGGUGUGGCCUACGUGGAUAACAAAGGCCCCUUCAGAGACCGCCUGGAAUUCGUGGGCGACCCCAGCCGCCGCGAUGGCUCCAUCCUGCUGAAGAACUUGGACUUCGCCGACAAUGGAACCUUCACUUGCGACGCCAAGAACCCUCCUGACAUCGUGGGCCGACCCUCAAGCGUGCGCCUGCUGGUGUUCGAAAAGGUGCCCAUCCAGGCGGGCGUGAUCACGGGCUCCAUCAUCGGGGCGGUGCUGGGCCUGCUGGUGCUCAUCGUGGUCAUCUACUACCUGAUGCGCUUCCUGGUGGCGCGCCGCGUCUUCAGCCUCAACGUCAGCAAACAUGGCAAGAAAAAGAAGGAGGGAUCACAGCAGAGACAGGGCCCCGCACCGCUCGCCGACCCCGCCAAGCUGAAGGCCUCGGAGAAGAAGAAGCAGGAGUCUCGCAAGGAUAGGAAAUAGGAUACGGGGUGGGGCUGGGGCGGGCUCGCGGGCCGGCUGCUCCAGCCCCUGCGCCAGGCGGUGGCCAGGCCCCCGCCUGGGCGUGGCGUAGCCAGUAGGGCGGAUAACGAGGAGGGCGGCGGCCGGGUGCUGAUGACCAUCGAGCUGGAGAUGACCCGCCAGAACGGCGCGGAGGGGAGCUCCCGACCUCCAGGCCUCCUCUCUCGGCUCGCCAACCAGCUCUCCUUCAAAUAGGCGGGGGGCCGGGAGGGGAGGGGGUGUUGAUGCAGGAGCCGCCACCUAUAAUAAAUGAGUCCAAUGGUAUCUCAUCGACUGUACACGCAGAUUUAUGGGCCCCCUGUCGCCAUUAUCUUGUCGACUGCUCGUUUGAUAACACCUCCUCGCUUAACCCCCUCCCCGCCCCCACCAGUGUCCGAUACGCAUCAUGACGCCCCUUCUCCAUGCCCCCCGCCUUCUCCCUAUGCCAAUGUUUUUAACUGCUGUCCUGUCUCUUUGUCUCACUCCCCAUCCCUUCUUCUUCUUCUUCUUCUUCUUCUUCUUGUGCUCCAGAUAAAGGUCUGACUCCUCCGUGACGCCUCCGCCUCUCUAGUCUGCUCCACGCCGCCCCUCCCCUUCCGCGCUCUGCCGCCAUUACUCGCCAUUAUCUCUCCUCCUUUAAAGCAGGCUAUAAGAGGAAUAGUCCCGCUCCGUCGGUGGCAGCAGUGUCAAAUAAUUCCCCGUCGCCUCGCCGCCGCCCCUUUAUGCACUCGUUGGGCAAAGUGUAAAAGUGUUUAAGGCCUAACUGCGCUCGUAACCUCCGCCAGAGGAGCCUUCUAGGCGUGCCUCGGGGUUUUUCCUCAAUCUUCUCCACCCCCCUUUUUUUUUUUUACGACUCAAUCUGGCGCACAUAGCGAGCCUGGACCGCACCUCCGCUAGAGAAAUACGACGCCGGCUCAUGGCGGACGAUCGGAGCUGCCGGCCCAACGCAGCUAAUGGAGGUCGUUUUCGCCGGCUAUUUCGGGCCUUACUGUAACAGCUGCACAUUUCUUGGAGGAGAGUGAUCUUUAAGGGGGGGGCUGGCGACUGACGAGCGGGGAUGACGUCACAGGCCAGAGGGCAGGCGGCGGACGCCCUCUGGGAUUUUACAGUAACGAAAGGCGCCCUCUUCAUUUCCUGAAGGUCCUCUUUGUGUCUUCACCUUUUAUCUCUUCCACUUCCUGUCGUCUGGCGCAUUAUUAGCCCACAGGAAAAGUCCGCUACACAAUCCACUCUGCUCGUUAAGCCGCUCCUUAUCUGACCUCACAGCCCCGCCCCCCCCAUCCCCUUCGUUGUCCUUCAAAACGCCCUCCCCCCCCUCACACAAAGCACCAUUUCAACCUCGCCUUCCUUUGACCUUUCUGUUUCCGUUGCUUCAAAUGCCAAAGCGCUCACCUCUUCCCCCUACUGGAAAAAGCAAAACACACCAGGGCGGGAAGCCUUUGACGAGCGUUCCUCCUGACUGACCAAUGACAGAAUGUCAGGAAUCAUUGAGUUCCGGAAGAAAAACCACGCAGAACAAGCCUGGAUGUCAUUUUUGUCGAGUAGAAACACAAACUAGCUUGAUUCCUUUUCGUUAUCGUCGUCGUCCGCGAUAUUUUCUUUUAAAAUGGGUUAUACUUGUAUAGCGCUUUUCUACCUUCAAGGUACUCAAAGCGCUUUUGACACCAUUUCCAACAUUCACCCAUUCACACACACACAUUCACACACUGAUGGCGGGAGUUGCCAUGCAAGCCACCCAUCGUUGCUCAAGAACACAACGGACGUGACUGGGUUGGUAGAAGCUGGGGAAUCGAACCAGGAACCCUCAGGUUGUUGGCACGGCCGCUCUCCCAACCGCGCCACGCCGUCCCCAAACGAGACUUUUUCUUACCAAGUAUGACUGGUGUCGGAAACCUUCCCAAACGUGGACAAUUGAGAACCAAACUUUUCGGUGGAAACUUGGUCAAGCUAAGCUUAAUGUAAAAUAACAAAGCGACAAAACAAAAGUAGCUGACCCGAGUAAAGAUAAAAAAAAACAAGUUGGAGGGUGUAGGUGGGACUAAGAUCGGACUCACGGCAGGCAAAUCCACAUUCGUCUGCACACUUCCCUUGUCAUGGUGCUCCCCCCCAACGUUCACCACGAGCCAUAGACGGAUGGCGAUCGGGGUGGACGGCCCAGACUUGAAUGUUCCUUUCGAGUUCCGAGCAGGAGGCGCUACGAGACGUCGUAACUGGAGAUGUUUCUUUGACUCUUCAGCCGGGCCUCGUUUUUCAUGGACACUUGCUUCUAGAACGCUCCAUGCUUGGCUUACCGAGCGUAGUCCAGAACCUCAUCAUUCAUUUGGUCCUACGAACUGUCGCACCACCCUGAUAGGACUUUCUAGAGCAGGGAUAUUCAUAUAUUUUUGGGGGGGUCUACAUUCCUAUAAAGCUAAGGACUGGGGGCCUCAAGUAUUUUUAACUGAAUUCGCGGGCCACCAGUUGAAUAGCCUAAAUGAUAAAAAAGAGAGGACCUAAAAUGUAACUUUGAGGAACACCAUGAGUAUAACUAAAGUUGAACAGACAACUACUGACUGCAUCUAAACACCUUAGUUACAUGAAUCAAGUUACGAAAAAAAAUGUGCACCGGCCAAAAAUGAGAGGACUUAAAAGGGUGCCCUGAGGAAUGUAAAUCACAAGUUUGGACCCCAGUGGUCUAUGUUUGCUAGCAAAGUUAAAAUGUCAAUACAAGGAUCUGCCAUUGAUUGAUUUAGACUUUUAUUAGUCGAUUACACAGUACAGUACAUAUUCCGUACCAUUGACCACUAAAUGGUAACACCCCAAUAAGUUUUUCAACUUGUUUAAGUCGGAGUCCACGUAAAUCAAUUCAUGCCAAUGUGUUCAUAGUGGUCCAAGUUCCUCAAUACAACACAAGUCCUCUAGUGUUUUUAGGAAUUUACUGCAAAAAGGUUUGUCUUCCAAGUUUUGAACUCAUUCCCGGGCCGCCAGUUGAAUAGCCCUGUUCUAGAUCCAUCAGUACACUAUGAAUUAUUCCCAAUAUACAUGAACAUAUGUAAUAGCGUCCACGGAAACUGGACCUGUCCUGUAUUUUAGCUUUAAGCCCUCUAGCUAACAAAUGAGAAUGUUCACGCUAAUUCCAUUAAAACUUGUUUUCUUUGAAUGUUUUAUGAGCUGUAUUAAAUAGCAAUGUAACAUUGACCCUCAUUUGAAAUUUGACUGGAGCUUCUUUUGUGAUUAUUAUUAUUUUGACAUUUGUUUUAAUGCUUGUCGUCAUUCUUAAUGGAUGUGUAAUAUUAUUGUAAAAAGAACGUGAAUAAACAUUUUAAGUCUUGA